UCACAACUCGUCGAAAACGUUGGACUCAACCAAUUCAUCGUAAACUACACGUCAAUCACGGAUUCGCCGCGUUUUAAAUACCGCGGACUCCUUCUGGACACGUCUCGCCAUUACCUUCCCGUUGAGCGCCUGGAGCAGAGUCUGGACGCCAUGGCUUACAAUAAGCUCAAUGUGUUUCACUGGCAUAUGACGGACGACCAGUCCUUCCCAUACGUAAGCCAAGCCUAUCCGGAGCUGAGUCUGAAAGGCGCAUAUAAUCCCAAAACACACGUCUAUACCAAAGAAAACAUUCAACACAUCAUUGAAUACGCGGCCGAAAGAGGGAUCAGAGUUGUGGUGGAGUUCGAUACGCCCGGCCAUACACUGGCCUGGGGUGCCGGACAGCCCGGCCUAUUGACACCGUGCUAUGCGAACGGCAAACCCAACGGACUCUACGGACCAAUAGAUCCGUCCAAACGGUCCACAUAUGAGUUCAUCGAAACCCUAUUGAAAGAGGUGUUGAACCGAUUCCCGGAUCAAUACUUUCAUUUGGGCGGCGAUGAAGUGGAUUACAACUGUUGGCGCUCUAACCCAGACAUCAACGACUUCAUCAAACAGAAGAAUAUCUUCAAAAAGACCACUUCCAUGUCCAACAAGAAGUCCAACGAACCGUACGCUAAACUCGAGGAAUACUAUGUACUCAAAGUGGUUGAUAUCGUGAAGAAACUGAACCGCACUUCAAUCGUAUGGCAGGAAGUGUUUGACAAUAACGCCAAACUGUCCAACGAAACGGUGGUUCACGUGUGGAAGUUAGACAACUGGCCACUAGAGCUGUCCAACGUUACCAAAGCCGGCUACCAGGCGAUACUGUCUUCGUGUUGGUAUUUGAAUAAGAUAUCGUACGGAACCGAUUGGCACAAGUACUACACGUGCGAACCCUUCAACUUUAAGGCCACUGAACAACAAUAUAGUUUAGUGAUCGGAGGCGAGGCUACCAUUUGGGGUGAAUGGGUGGACGCGUCCAACGUAAUUGGGCGAACAUGGCCUCGAGCGCUAGCAGUUGCCGAACGGCUGUGGAGUUCUCGGGACCUGAAGAACCCAAUGGCAGCCAAUCGACGAUUUGAUAGACAACGUUGUCUUAUGUAA